AUGGACGAGGGCGAGGAGCAAAAAGGUGCUGUGGGACGCCACGGCAUGGCGUUUUGUGUGGUGUGUGCGAGUAAUCAGAAUCGUUCCAUGUUUGCGCACAACGCACUGCAGCAGGCAGGAUUGUUUGUCACAUCAGCAGGCACGGGCUCUGCUGUGCGAUUGCCAGGCUCGGCGAUUGACAAACCGAAUAUUUACACGUUUGGCACAUUGUACGAUGAUAUGUACCAGGACCUGUACAGAAAAGAUCCAAAACUUUACGAGGCGAAUGGCUUGCUCUCGAUGCUGGAUCGCAACCGGCGGAUCAAACCUGCACCGGAAAGAUGGCACGAUGUGCGUCGCGUAUCGGACGUGGUCAUUACGUGCGAGGAGCGGUGCUUUGAUAGCGUGUGCGAGGAUCUGUUGAGUCGGCGCUCGGAGCUUAGUCGCGCGGUGCAUGUAAUCAAUGUGGACAUUAAGGAUAAUCACGAAGAGGCGGAGAUGGCCUCGCAUGCAAUUUUGGAUCUCGCAACCAGACUGGACAAGGCGAACGACGUGGACGAGGAGAUCGAUGGGAUCCUCGAGGAGCUGCAACAGCGUAUGACGAAUGCCAUACCCAAAGAGCGCCAUGCCUUCCUAAGCGCGCCAUUGUACGCAUUUGAUUUGCCUGCCGGUCUUGUGCCGAACGUACACAUCCGCAGCACCGAAGACGAGGCGUACGGCGAAGUGCAUGCAAACGACAAGGCCGACUCAGGUGAGCGUGUUGCCACAGGCACAAGCCGCGCAGGAUUUGCGCCUGCAUGCACUUUGUGCCCUGGCAGUGUGCCAUUUCCUAGCCUCUGCGAGCAGCGCGCGCAUUUCCGGAGCCUGUGGCACAGGUACAAUCUCGUUUUGAAACAGCGCGGCGCCAACCCACCGAGCGCGCCUGGCGCGCUGCAUUUUGUCACACACGCCGAGCUCGACACACUCGCCGCGGACGCCGAGGCCGACAUGGAGGCUGCGGAAAAAGAGGAUGAGGAGGUCGAUACGCUUUCCGCUUUGAUUGCGCGCUUGCAAGUGAACGCGGCGCCUGACGCAGACGACCACAGCACCUCGGCAAAAAACGUGUACGAUGCACUGCGCUCUCCUUUGGUAUGGUUCGAGAGCAAGCCAGACGCCGCGCCCGAGAUGCGCCUCGCCAAUACGCAGCUUGGUAUCUACCGCGAUGUUCUGCUCGCGAGUGGCGGACUGCGAGAGCACGCCUCGGCGCUCUCUGCGCUCGCGACCUUGCAGACCCCCCCUAUCACAUGCCGCCCCGUCAAAGGCGGCUGGACAGGCAAGCAUUUACAAGGCACACGCGGCGUCGGCCGUGCGAUCCAAAUGCAAGUACUCGACGGCGACGGACUGUUGCCCAAUCUGGACCAUGGCGAUCUGUACGACCUUUCGGAUACGGACGAGUCGAGUGCUUCAGACACAAGUGCGGACGACGAGGCGCCUGCGGAGCAUGCACCGGCCCAGACCCUACCUCCGCUGCGGCUAUGGACGUUUAUUAUGCAAGGCGGCGGCCACUUUGCCGCGGCUGUCGUGGCACUCAACAUAUAUUCUCCCCAGCGCUCCGAGCGUGCGCGCGCGAAAGGAAGCCGCGUAGAACGCGGAAUUGUCGUGCUUGCACACAAGACCUUCCACCGAUAUACGACGCGGCGCAAGCAGGGAGGCGCACAAUCAGCGCAAGACGCCUCGGGGAAGCACGCAAAGAGCGCAGGCGCGAACCUGCGUCGCUACGGCGAAGCACAACUGCGCCACGAUAUCCAUUCGCUGCUUGGGCGUCCUGGAUGGCGCGCACUCAUUGCAAAAUCCGAGCAGGUAUGGGUGCGCACAAGCAUGCGCGCCGCAAAUGGCGUUCUCUGGCACUGGCCAGGGAGCCAAACCAGCCCUUUGGACGCGCCCUACAGAGACCGCAAGCUCAGCCACAUUCCAAUUCCCACAAAGCGCCCGACCCUCGGCGAGAUUAUGCGCUGUUUCUUUGAGCUGACGCGCGUAAAGGUUGCGCAUCUGACUCCAGAGCAACUCGCGGCGCAGGACGAUGCAGAGCGCGAAGCAAUUGCGCGUGCCUUGCGUGCCGAUGCAGCAGGGCACUUGCCGCCGCCGCCGCCGCCCACAACGCGCCCGCGGAAAAGCAAGCCAGAUCGCGUAGAAGCAAAGCGGCACGAGCGCUGGGAACGUCUCGUUGCCAUGGUUCGCAAAGGGAAACUUGAUACCCUUGCGCAGUUCCUUGCACGGCACGAAGAGGAUUUGCUCGUCGCGCCCGACGGGCGUGCAGCGAUCGAUGCGCCGCUCCCAGACUGGUGGCAGCGCGCAAACAAGCACGCCAAGCCCGUCCCCGGCACGCUCCUCCAGCUUGCCGCUGCCGCCGACCAGCCCGAGAUUGUGCAGUAUCUGUUAGUAGAGCGCCGUGCAGACCCCACCUUGCCUGUGCCGCAAAAUGACGAUACUAGCAAAGCGGCGCUGCGCACCGCAUACGAUUUGUGCGGAACAAAAGCGUCACGCGCCGUCUUCCGUCGCCUCAUGGCCGAACAGCCGUUUUGGUGGGACUGGGGUGGAAUGGAGCAAGGCGGCGCUCGUGUGCCCUCGGCCUUGACCCCUGCAAUGCAAGAGGCGCAAGCGUCCAAGACACGCUCGCGGCGCAAUGCCAUGCGCGAGAAAAUGCGCGAGCGCGACGAAGCUAAAGCACCCUCUGUUCCCGAGCCUGCGCCUGCACCUGCGCCUGCCUUGCCUUGGCACGCGACACAAAAACCCGGCGCAAGCGUGUCGGAUGCGGGCCUCUCGGAAGAGGUCAAGAUGCGCAUCGAGCGCGAAAAGCGCGCACGCGCGGCAGAAGCACGAAUUCAGGCGUUGCGCAAGUAG